UCCUUCUCCUCCACCCUCCUCCCCCGCUUCCCUCCAUCGUCAGCAAUCCCCAUGCUGAGCUGUCCUGGCCGAAGCGCUCUGGCCAGCAUCGAGGAGCUGGAGGCGGCCGUGCCCUCGGGGACCCUGGCGGCCCGGCUGGAGGAGGGCCCCGAGGCGGCGGCGUUCUCGGUGUCCGUCGGCGGCGCCGCCGGCGGUCAGGACCUGGACGACUGCGUGGCGCGCGUGCUGAUCGCGGCCGCGUCGGGCCAGGCCCCCGCAGCGCUGGAUGCGCUGGACAGUGGCGAGGCGCCGCUGCACCGCGCCGUGCACGCCGGGCGGGAGGAGCCAGACUCGCGCGCGUUCCCACCCUGCGAACGGCAGGACCUCGUCCACGCCCUGCUUCUCGUCCGCGCGGACGCCAGCGUCCUGGACAGGUUCGCCAUCUUUGUCUUCAUUUUUGAUGCGCUUGCCCUCUGCCUCCAGUUUGUCGCCGACUUCAACUUCAUCGAUGCCGACCUCUCGUGGGGGACGCCCGUGACCAACGCCGACCCGUUGCUGCCGCAGAUCGCACCGUUAUUCUUCCCCGAGGACGCCGUCUGCCUGAACGAGUUCGCAUGCGCUGGCCGCCAUGACGCUCGUCCGAUUGACAUCUGUCACCACGGCUUCGACGGGCCCUCGGCGAGGCCCCAGGCACCGCUGUUCCAACUGGCGUGCUCCGCCGGGCUGCACAGGCUGGCGGACGCCUGGCCCGACGGCAGGGCAUGCAGGAGUGGGCACGCAGUGGAGCAUCCUGGGGAUCUCGGCAUCCCGAGGCUCGCCCAUCUCUCGAAGCAGCGAGGCGGCAGGUUGGCUGCGCUCUGGGGCGCGAUCUGGCCGCCCGCCCGUCCGCGGACGCGCUGGGGGACCGCCUCGGAGGGCGCUCCGCUCACUUUGGGCCCUCGAGCGCGGCUGGGCCAGGGGAGGUGUCGAGCCGCCUGCGCCGCUGCCCCCCGCGUCCGGGGGUUGGUCUCCGACCCGUGCGACUUUGAGGGUGAUGUCGCCGCGAAGCUCACGCAGAUGCGGGGGCGCGCCGCCGAGCUCGCAAGGGGCCAUGCCCCAGACGAGCGGGCCUCGCUGGCGGCAGUGGGCUUCAAACUGCCCAGCCGCUUCGCGACGGUGCACCCUGUCAUGGGCCAGACCCAAGUGCAGAGGACCACGCCUGCGGAUAUGGCGGAAGCCCUGCAGCAGCCAUGCGGGAAGGUUUUCAAGAUCAACGAAAUAGACGAGGCACAGCUUGGAAUGUGGCUGGAGGACGACGUGGACCGCCGGGUGCUGCGCAGAACUUUCAGCGAUAUCUUCGGCGAGGGCGGAGCCAGCAGAUUCGCAGAGUUCGGCCAGAACUUCAAUGGUAGCGUGGUUUUCUUCAUUCCGAAGGGCCCCUCUGUGAGGACUGCUCAGGACGAGCUCUACAGUGCCCUGGACAAGGUGCGCCGGCUAGGCGUGGCCGACGCGGACAACCGCUUGCUGGCCAACGCAGCGCGGUUGGUCAUCGAGGACGCCGUGGACGACAUAUUUUGCUCCACUCAGAGUGGGUGUCUGCCUGGGCGUUCUAUGCCCUGCAGCUUCAUGGGCGUCGAUAGGGGCAUGACAGAGCACGGCCUGGCCAGCGCCGAAUCGGUCGCGAUGUCUUUCGACAUCGAGGGUUGGGCGAAAUAUUUCGGUUUCAUUCUAGGCACCAGGGCCGACGAGGACUCCAGGCUGGCGCCGCUGGCGAAGAUGGUGGGCAGAGCCGCUACCCGAGGCGCCCUCGGCCCAGGCAUCUUCUACGCCUGCCAAGCGUUUCGCACGUUCGUCGCCUCGGUCAUUGCGCUCGUCGUCGCGCUGGGCCCUUUGCUGGGCGCCCCCGCGACCGCGGAAACCGAGACCUGUCGCUGCGGUGUCAUGCGCCGCAUCCCGCGGUGGGACGGGCUCCGCCCGCAGGACCUUCCUGCUAUGCUUUCAGAAAUGCUGUACUUCAGCUAUGCCUUCGCUCAGGUCAUCCGGGCCCUCAUGCUGCCAGCGGAGCUGUCCGUGGCAGUGGCGGCAACCGUUUGCAAGCUGCAUUGGCCGGUGGUGAUGGCGGUGCUUCUCAGCCCGCCACGCAGGAACUCGUCAAUGCGAUUCUGCAGCUAG